UUUCAGCUGCCGACCAGACCUCCGUUUCCUGCGUCAAGCGGACCCACACCCCACUAAGCUACGAAACCGCGUCUCGCUCCUUUUUGGUGCGUCUCAACACUCUCAAGGGUCCAGGAAGGUGGGUAGCCGGCCUCCAUCAGGUUCAGGAGGUUGAUCCCAUCAGGAGCCUUUUCUCAGAAGCAGCGUCUCGAUCGGAGGAAAACCAGUUAUCCAGUUUUGAUGAAAUCUUCAGUUCACAAGUUAUGACAAGAAGACUCGUUGAAGGCACAAUUCAAUCCGCGGAAGACAAAGCGACAAACAUAUACAAUGCCUCACAAAAGAUUAAAUAAUAUGGACGAUGAGUCUAACUCAAGCAGACGCAACAAACUGAAGGGGAUAUUACAAGAUCAAAGUCCAGAACCCCACAAUCUAUCACUAAAAGAUUUGAAAGAGAUAACAAAUGAUUUUUCUGAUGAGCGGCUACUUGGCCAAGGUGGUUUUGGUAAGGUGUACAAGGGAGUACUACGAAAUGGGGAUAUGAUUGCUGUGAAGAAGCUUACGUGGACACUGACAGGAAUUCAGGAUAAGCAAUAUGAGAAUGAAGCCCGUCAUCUGAUGAGGCUUAGACAUCCAAACAUAGUGCAACUUGUAGGAUACUGUUCUGAAACAGAGAAGGAACUUGUACAGCACAAUGGGAAAUACGUUUAUGCUGAGAAGCCAGAAAGGUUACUUUGCUUGGAGUACCUGCCUAAAGGAAGCCUUCGCAUGCAUCUUUCAGAUGCAUCUUCUGGACUUGAUUGGGACACACGCUACAAAAUUAUUAAGGGUAUUUGCUAUGGUUUACAUUAUCUUCAUGAGGAGUGGCAAGCUGGUACCCCUAUUAUUCAUAGGGACCUUAAACCAGCAAACAUAUUGCUCGACGAUAAUAUGGUGCCAAAAAUCGCUGACUUUGGUUUGGCGAGGCUUUUCGGUGAGCUACAAACUCGAACCAUCACAAAAAAUCAUUGGGGAACAUUGGGUUACAUGUCACCGGAAUACUUAAACAGAGGCAUAAUCACAAAGGAGUUAGAUAUAUUCAGUUUGGGCGUAAUAAUUAUAGAGAUAAUUACUGGAGACAAGCACUACCCUGAUAAUGUUGAAACAUCAUCCCAGGAAUUCAUUGAGCUUGUACUUACGAACUGGAAAAAUAAGCUCGAAGAAGUGCAUGGUACAUGUACAUCCCGAGAAUUUGAUUGCCAACAAAUAAGAAAGUGCAUUGAUAUUGGUCUACUCUGCGUGAAACUUGAUCGGGCGUUAAGGCCAACAACACGACAAAUUAUCGAGAUGCUAUGCAGCACGAGGGGGAGAAUGAGGAUUGUCAAAAAAGUAAAGAUAAUUAGGAUUAUCAAAAAAGUUUCAGAGGAGGCAGAGAAAGAAAGGUUCAGACAGUUAAGUGCACCCGCAGCACCUCCAAGAUUACUAGUAGACUGGAAUCAGCGCCCGAGGUACCACCUCGUAUUCCUGAAUGGUCUAAAACCAGUUUACACAAUGACAAGAUUAGAAGCAGACGAUGGAACUGCAAUUAAGGUGGCAAUAAUUGAAAGACUUGAAAACAACCGGACGAACAUCGUCAGGUUCGGUCCUCUUUCUUCUGUUAGGGUUGAGGUUGUGGCCCUCCAUGGCAAUUUCAAUGCUAAAAGUGAGGAAUGCUGGAGCCCAGAAGAGUUUAACAAGCAUAUAGUAUUCGGCCGAGAGAAGAGGGCGCAACUUCUCACAGGCAAUCUGACACUGAAGCUCAAUGGUGGGGAGGCUCUGCUUGAAAAUGCAAUUUUCACUGAUAACUCCAGCUUCACUAGCACCAUGACGUUCAGGCUGGGGUUGAGGCUUGUGCAACCUUCUGGUGAGAGAGUUCUUGAAGGAGUCACUAAGCCUUUUCGUGUGAAGGAACGCAGGGUAGAAGGAUUUGAAAAGCACUACCCUCCGGUGCUGGACGAUGAAGUAUGGCGUUUGAAAGGGAUAGGCAAAACUGGUGCUUACCACCAGGCCUUGUCAGAUAAUGGAAUCGAUUCCGUGAAGAAGUUCUUACAGGCUUAUAUGAAGGAUGAGCAGAAGCUUGUAAAGAUUUUCAACAAGAUGCCACAGUCAACAUGGAAAUCCAUCAUAGAGCAUGCCAUGACAUGCAAAUUUGGCGACAGUCUUUAUCUUUAUGAAGCUAAGGAAAGCGAUGCAGGUCUCUACUUUGAUGAGAUAUAUCAGCUUGUUGGGGUGAAGUUUGGUGAUUGUUACAAGCCCAUUCAUCAGCUUGACCAAAUAGAUAAGAAUUUGGUGGACUUCCUGAAGCUAAUGGCCUAUCAGAAUAUAGAUGGCAUUCAGUCUAACUACAAGAUGGUGAACAACUAUCCUGUACUCCACACGUUCCCUGCUCAGGGCACUUCCCUGAUGAGUCCUGUUCUUCCAAACCAGCAGAUACUGAACUAUGGUCAACACGGUUCAUAUUUGGGAGAGACUUUUUCAACUAGUCAAGGAUUUAGGUCAAAUCAUUCAAGAGAGAAUUUUAGCACGUCCCAAGGAUCCAGUAAUGUAAGCUAGCAUCUGUGUUGAGGCUGUACUGGACCUCAAGGAGGGGUCUGCGCUGCCCCGCGUCAAGACCAAGGCUUGUACCAGCAAUAUGAGCCUUCUAAGAAGAUUUUUUUUUAUAACAGCCUUCUAAGAAGUUUGAACAGAGGUGGUAAAAGAGCUAACUCCGGAUCAAAGAUCCAUCUGAUUGUUAUACUCUAUGAUGAUGUUGAAGUAGAUGCUCUCGUAUGUUGAACUGAUAGCAUAAUUGAUUGUCAA